AUGGAUAGAAAAAUAAUUGAUUCAAUGUUUUAUGGAAAUGUAAAUUACCAUCAUGAAGGUUCGUUCGAGGUACAUACAAUAAAAAAAAAUAGCAUUAAUGUUCCAGAUUGUUGUGGCUUUAAUAUGAAUAUUGGCACUAACAUAGGACCUAUGAACAAAAGGCAGCCUACAGAUAAAUACAGUUUAUUAAAGCUAUUAAAAAAAGAUAACAUUAAGUGUUUAAAAUCAUGGUAUAUUAAAAAAAAAAAGACUUUAUUAUCUUCUGAAUUAUUAAACAUUCAUGGUAAUCUGUGUGAUCAAAAAAACACCACAAUUUCUGGAAAAAUACAUAAUGCAGGUUUUAUUAAAAAAAUAAUUAAAAAAAACUUAAUCAAAACUACAAAUGGCAAGUACCGUUUAAUUUCACCACCAGCUAAACCAAAAACUAAAAUAAAUAAAAAGUUUUACACAUUUUGGAUGAUAACUGGAGGAUUUCCUCAGAAAUUUAAUGAAUUGUAA